AUGGCAAGAUCAUUAAAACACUGUUUUCAGUCCUCUCAAGGGAAUUUCGGUGCCAUAUUAUCCAGUGAGAGCUUCUACUCCAAUCCAGGCUCCUAUUUAGCAACCAAGUUUCAGAGAAUGAUGAGAAGAAUUAAAUGUGAUAACCCAGACUUCCAUGUCACACUUCGAUGGGUUCCUGGUCAUAAGGGGGUCCAUGGAAAUGAGGAAGCAGACAGGGCAGCCAAAACAACAGUGGAAGGAAGACACUGA